CUGACUUCACCAAGUCAAAACCUCUUUCGUCUUCUCUUCUUCACAUUUUCAACUUCAUCGAACACGAUCACAGACGGCGAAGAAGAAAAAACCAUGGCGGAAGAAGAGAAAAGCGUGAAGAAGCAAGUGAUGGUGGCGAUUGACGAAAGCGAAUGCAGUAAACGCGCUCUCAAAUGGACGCUAGAGUAUCUCAAAGAUAGUAUCGCCGAUUCCGAUAUCAUCCUCUUCACCGCUCAACCUCCACUUGAUCUCAGCUGUGUUUAUGCGUCCUCUUAUGGAGCAGCUCCGAUUGAGCUUAUAGACUCGAUGAAAGAGAAUCAUAAGAACGCUGGAUUGAAUCGGCUUGACCAAGGGGUCAAAAUUUGUGCUGAGAUUGGGGUUACUCCAAGAAAGGUGAUGGAGUUUGGAAAUCCUAAAGAAGCGAUAUGUGAAGCUGCUGAGAAGCUUGGUGUUGAUUUGCUUGUUGUUGGAAGCAAUGGUAAAGGAGCAAUACAAAGGACUUUCCUUGGAAGUGUUAGCAAUUACUGUGUUAACCAUGCUAAGUGUCCAGUUCUUGUGGUGAGAAAUAAGGCUUGAAGACCUCUUCUCUUCACAGAGAUUGAUAAUACCUGCCUGCUGUAUGUGUUGUAAACGUAUUGUGAUAUAUAAUGCUCUGCUUGUUUAAGAAACUUUGUGAGUACACAUAAUUUAUUUUGUUUGUUAAAUAAAGAGCUUUGAUGUG